UGGUGUAUUCCUUUCGUCUGUGCGGGAUGUGAUAGAGACACUGUGCGAGUUCUGCGUCAAUGGAAUGCUUCAGAACAGGAGUCAGGGUAAACAAUAUGGCGGUCAGAGUAGUCGCUAUACUUUCACUUUUAUUAGAGGACACGGAGGACACCGAAGAUGACAACUUCGGAGACGACGAAGCUGUGGUUGCUUUCAUUGCGGCUUCUAUUGUUCGUGAGGAAAGGGUGAGAAUACAAAGUUACACGGAGCAAAUUGUACCUCAUUACCUGCUGGAUGAUUUUAAGAGGUUCUUCAGGGUCUCCAGAUCAACAUUCGAGAUUUUGUAUGAAAAUAUUUCUGCUUAUGGUGAUCUUGCACCAGGGUGGACUGGAGGAAGGGAGCCAAUACCUAUCGAUAAGCAGUUACUGAUGAUGUUGUGGUAUGUUUCUAGUCACGAGACACUAAAUCGCAUAGCUGAUAGAUUCAAUGUCACAGAAUCAUCCAUGGUGAGGACCAGGGACCGUCUCUUCAGUGUAUUUAUUGAACAUUUAAAAGAAGAAGAAAAUAUUUUGGCCACAGGGAAAUGA